GGGAUGGAGGAUGGGAGGGGGGCACAGAAAGGGAGGAGGUAAUCCAAUGAGACAGUGAGGGGAGAGGCAGUACGAGGGCAACGCCUCACAACACCGGGAUUCUCUCUCUCGGUCUCCAUCUCUUUGACUCCCCCACCCUCUUCUUUCUUCUGCCUCUGAAGCAUAAAAACCAAAGGACUCUCAUUCUCCAUUCAGUCUUCUGUACGUGGCUGAGGAGAGCCCUUGUAUUUCAGGAAAAUCUUUCAUCCAAAUUCUUCUUUUUGUCACUUUUUUUUUCUCCUAUGGUUGCAUCUUUCCCCUCUAAAGGAUGAUUUGGUGACUAAAAUCCUGCAUUUUCUCCUCUUACCUCUUUGGGAGCCAGCCUGUUUCAGAGCUGCUAUCUUUGUUCUCGUUCACACAGCUGCUGAGUAUAGUGUAGCUGCUAGUGGGGAAAUAGGUUAGUGUGCCUGUUUGGUGCCAGACAGCAGAGGUGACUGCUUGUUCAGUGCAUGGAGGAGAUGAAGAGAAAAGGGUUGCCUUUUUGGCGGUAGCAUUCUCCAACCUUUGCAACCAUUCGUGGAGAAGGUGAUCGUUAUCUCCCUGCCUGACUUCGACCUUUACUGGGAGUGUCGGCGACAGAUAUCAGGACAGACAAAGACAAGAUUGUCUGUUUAGUUCUCUCUUUAUUUUUUAUUGUUUUGCAUAUAAUAGGAUUUUACCUUAAAGGCUUGCAUCAUUCACCAUGGAUAUCAACCUUCCGUCUCAUCGAUUCUACUUCCCCCAGAUCUACUGUGCUGAACCUGGUGUGCAGCCGCAGCUCGCCGAGUUCAAAGUCAGUGAGCAGAGUAUCUGCCAGGCCCGGGCCUCCGUCAUGGUCUAUGAUGACACCAGCAAGAAGUGGGUCCCCAUCAAGCCGGGCCAGCAGGGGUUUAGCCGCAUCAACAUCUACCACAACACUGCCAGUAACACCUUCAGAGUGGUGGGCGUCAAGCUGCAGGACCAGCAGGUGGUCAUCAACUAUUCAAUAGUGAAGGGUCUCAAGUACAACCAAGCCACCCCGACCUUUCACCAAUGGAGGGACGCCAGGCAGGUCUACGGCCUCAAUUUUGCCAGCAAAGAGGAAGCCACCACCUUCUCCAACGCCAUGCUCUUUGCCCUCAACGUACUCAGCGCUCAGGACGGAGGUCCAGCUCUCCAGCGUCAGGUUCAGAACGGCCCCACGUCAGAUGAGAUCGAAGCUCAAAGAGCAAGGCAAAUGAUGGAACAGCAGCAGCAGAUGCAGGCGCAGAUGGAGCGGGAACGACGGUCCUCUAACUCAGGUUCUCCUUUCCAAGGCCACCCUGCUGUGCUCUCCGUACCCCCACCUGUAGUACCUCCACCUGUAAACAUGGGAGGCCCUCCCCCUCCUCCACCGCCACCGGGCCCCCCGCCGCCAUCAGCAGCGGCCCCUCAGCCUCCUCUACCUCCACCGCUUCCUAUAGGAGGCGGUAACCAGGGAGACGAGGCCCCUGCACCGACAGGUCUCGCUGCAAUGAUCGCUGGAGCCAAACUACGCCGUGUCCAAAGAUCUGAGGACAGCUCUUCAGGUAGCAAAAAUGAAGCCAACCGAACAAGUGGUGGUAGUGGAGGACUGAUGGAGGAGAUGAACGCCCUCCUGGCACGAAGAAGGAAAGCGGCUUCAGAGAAGCCUGACGACAGCCAAAAUGAUGAUGCAAACUCUCCUUCGCCCAAUACUCGGGGUGCGCAGAAUUCCACAGAUGGUGCGAAGAAGCCCUGGGACCGAGUUAACUCUGCAGACAGGUCAAUGGUUUCGAGGUUACGAACAGCAGGAAGUGUCAGUGACUCCGACUCGUUAGAUCUUGAUAGGAUGAAGCAGGAAAUCUUGGAUGAAGUUUUUCGUGAACUGCAUAAAGUGAAAGAUGAGAUCAUUGAUGCCCUUAGAAAUGAACUCAGUCGAGUUAGCACGACAUAAUCUUUAAGACCCGGACGGCUUUUUUUCCAAAACCAAUGCCCCUUUAGCCGCUGCUGAGGCCCUGAAGACAAGGAGGACGAAAAGUCCGAGGCCCAAA